UUAUUGGUAGUAGCAACUAGCAAGCUAUCCGGUAAUUGUAUUUUGUUACUUUUGCUGAACCUCCGAGUUUCGUUGCCGGUUUUCUGCAUGUGAAUGCGGAUGGAACUGUUGUGUACCACUAUUUAAAUUAAUCUCAUUGCCCCAUUUUCGCAAAAAAAAAAAAUUGAAAUAUUUUAGUUUUAAUUUAUUGCCCCUAAAACAGAUUUAUAAAUACUUGUAAUACUCCAUUCCCCUUUUCCAUUCAAACACAAACCCUAACACCCCCCACCCCCCAGAAAAGAAUAUACAGGAAAGUGAUGGAAGACGGCUUCUCAGCCUUAAAGUUGUUCAGCCAAGGCUACUCUUAUACCUACGACGAUGUCAUCUUUCUCCCUCAUUACAUUGACUUCCCCACCGAUGCCGUCUCCUUGUCUACCCGUCUCUCCCGCAAUGUCUCUCUCUCUAUCCCCUGCGUUGCCUCCCCUAUGGACACUGUCUCCGAAGCUCACAUGGCUGCUGCCAUGGCUGCGCUUGGUGGCAUCGCUAUUGUCCACUCUAACUGUACUUCUUCCCAACAAGCCUCCAUUGUCCGAUCUGCCAAGUCUCUUCGUCUUCCGAUUGCUCCCUCCUCCAUUGUCUUUGCCUCUCCCGAUGAUUCUCUUCCUUCUGUUUCUCAUGGAAAAUAUGUUUUCGUUACCGAAUCAGGCGAACUACCAUCCAAGCUGUUGGGUUAUGUCGCAACGUCUGAUUGCGAGAACCUGAAGGGCAAAGAAGUGAAAAUCUUUGAUUACAUGAGGGAUUGUAAGAGUGUGGAAUAUGUUCCUUGGAAUUAUGAUUUGGGAAAGAUUGAGGCCAUUUUGGAGGAAAAGAAAAGUGAUUUCGUGGUGUUGGAGAGGGACGGUGAGGUGGUGAAUGUGGUGAUCAAGGAGGAUGUGGAGAGGCUAAAAGGCUAUCCCAAAUUGGGAGCUGGGACGGUGGGGUCCGAUGGAGAAUGGAUGGUGGGUGCGGCAAUAGGGACAAGGGAGUCAGAUAAGGAGAGGUUGGAACACUUGGUGAAGGCAGGGGCCAAUGUGGUGGUGUUGGAUAGUUCCCAAGGGAAUUCUAUAUAUCAGAUCGAGAUGAUCAAGUAUAUAAAAAAGUCAUAUCCUCAGCUGGAUGUCAUCGGUGGGAAUGUUGUGACUAUUUCUCAAGCACAGAAUUUGAUUCAGGCAGGUGUAGAUGGGUUAAGAGUUGGGAUGGGUUCUGGGUCAAUUUGCACUACACAAGAGGUUUGUGCUGUUGGACGAGGACAGGCAACAGCUGUUUACAAGGUGUCAUCUAUUGCUGCACAACAUGGUGUGCCUGUCAUUGCUGAUGGUGGCAUUUCAAACUCUGGACACAUAGUUAAGGCUUUGGUUUUGGGGGCAUCUACAGUUAUGAUGGGAAGCUUUUUAGCUGGAAGCACUGAGGCUCCAGGAGCUUAUGAGUAUAAGAAUGGUCAACGCAUCAAAAAAUAUCGUGGCAUGGGCUCCCUAGAAGCAAUGGCUAAGGGCAGUGAUCAAAGAUAUCUGGGUGAUACAGCUAAGCUGAAGAUUGCCCAGGGGGUUGUUGGAGCAGUUGCGGAUAAAGGUUCUGUGCUAAAGUUUAUACCUUACACGAUUCAAGCCGUCAAGCAAGGGUUCCAGGAUCUUGGUGCGUCCUCUCUACCAUCUGCACACGAGCUCUUAAGAUCAGGGACCCUGAGGCUUGAGGUCCGGACUGGUGCAGCACAAGUUGAAGGUGGAGUACAUGGUCUGGUUUCCUAUGAAAAGAAAUCCUUUUGAGAUUUCAAAAUUUCCAGCAUCCAUUGGUGGCUCCACGAGGAAUAUCCAACAUUCAGAGAACCAAUGAUGUAGAUCUAUUUUCCUUUGAAAAAUAGGGUAAUAUGAUGGUUCCCUACACUGCACGGUAUGUCAUGGUUGCCGAGAGCAUCGGUUUGCCUGGAUGAGAUCUGCAGUUAGGUGGGUUGUUUUAUAGGUAACUUGAGUUUCUCUUAACUUUUAUUAGUAAUGGCUUGAAGAAUCGAGAAAUGAAGAACCAAGAGGUGCAUCUAUGGUUCGAUGAAAUAAAAUGAUUAAGAAUGUUAUUCAUUGGGAUGCACUUUAUAGUCAUAAAAUGACGGACACUGAUGAGUGAUUAGUGAAUGCAUGCAUUUUGAUUUGGUGCAUAUGACAAUAAAACUUGAUUUUGCUAAA